AUGACAUUGACAUGUGCGUGACGACGCAAUGGCGAUGUGAAAAAGUAGUUUGAGUUUAGAGAAAUUGAAAUUUUGAUUAAAAUAAACGAUUCUUUUUUAAGUGAUAAACCUCUCUGAAUGUUCGAAUAUCAUGGUCCGUAGUGGGCGUGAUCGUGACAGGGAACGUGAGCGGAGACGGUCCCAUAGCAGAUCAGCGUCGCCAGACCGUAAACGGAGGCGUUCCAGAUCUAGGAGCCGUGAUCGACCUUCCAAGUCAUCCAAGAGGAAGCGGAGCCGCAGCAGAGAUCGUGAUUCAAAACGGGAUAGAGAGAGGGAUCGCGACCGAAAGAAUGAUAAAAGGGAUGACAAAAGAAAUGGCACAAGUAGCAAGUCAUCUAGGAAGAAGUCACCAGAAAAAGAUAGAUCUAAAUCGAAAGAGAAGACGCUUAAAACAGAGUCGGAAUAUAACAUAGGCUCUGCAGACAAGGAAGAAGAACAGAGUAGAUUGGAAGCUGAAAUGCAGAAACGACGCGACCGCAUCGAACGCUGGCGUGCGGAACGUAAGCGCAAAGAACUGGAGUCUGCGAAGAAGGAAGUUCAGAAAGGUAGCAUUGUUACAAACAUUCAAGUGCCUGCAGUCAAGAAGUGGUCGUUAGAAGAUGACUCUGGUGAUGAAGGUGAAGAUGGUGAAGGCAAGGAAAAGCAAAUAGCUGAAGAGAAGAAAGAAGAAGAAGACGAAAUUGACCCUUUGGAUGCUUAUAUGCAAGAAGUCCAACAAGAAGUGAGAAAAGUGAAUCAAAUGGAUCAAACCCGGGGUAUGAUUAGCGUGCCUUCUUCGGCAGGAGGCACGGGUAUUGUUAUAUUAACUGGAACAGCUAAGAAGAAGGUGACAGAAACCAAAAAUAAAGGGGAACUAAUAGAGCAGAAUCAAGACGGCUUAGAAUAUUCAUCAGAAGAAGAGACGGAAGACAUCAAGGAUGCAGCUGCCAACCUUGCAUCGAAACAGAGGAAAGAACUCGCCAAAGUUGACCACUCUAGUCUACAGUAUAUGUCUUUUAGAAAAGCUUUCUAUACCGAAGUAAGUGAGCUGGCUAGGAUGACACCCGAAGAGGUAGAAGCUUAUCGGACUGAGUUGGAAGGCAUUCGCGUAAAGGGCAAAGGUUGUCCAAAACCGAUUCGAACGUGGGCCCAUUGUGGAAUCAGUAAGAAAGAGCUCGACAUACUGAAGAGACUUGGUUUUGAGAAACCGACCCCGAUCCAGGCGCAAGCCAUUCCUGCUAUCAUGUCUGGACGAGACUUAAUCGGCAUAGCGAAGACCGGCUCAGGCAAGACAUUGGCUUUCAUUCUGCCGAUGUUCCGUCACGUACUCGACCAACCCCCGCUCGAAGAUACGGACGGACCAAUAUCUCUCAUCAUGACGCCUACAAGAGAACUGUGCAUGCAAAUCGGCAAGGAUAUCAAGAAGUUCGCCAAGUCUUUAGGGUUGAGAGUCGUCUGCGUGUACGGGGGCACUGGGAUUUCUGAACAGAUAGCGGAAUUGAAACGCGGCGCUGAAAUGAUAGUAUGCACGCCGGGCCGCAUGAUCGACAUGCUGGCGGCGAACAGCGGGCGCGUCACCAAUCUGCGGCGCGUCACGUACGUGGUGCUCGACGAGGCGGACCGCAUGUUCGACAUGGGCUUCGAGCCCCAGGUAAUGAAAAUCAUCGACAACAUAAGACCAGACAGACAAACUGUGAUGUUUAGCGCAACCUUCCCUAGACAAAUGGAAGCGCUCGCACGCCGAAUAUUACAGAAACCUAUAGAGAUUCAGGUGGGAGGCCGAAGCGUGGUAUGCAAGGAAGUGGAACAGCACGUAGCCAUAUUGGAGGACGAUGCAAAGUUCUUCAAGCUUUUAGAACUACUAGGGCUCUACAGUCAGAUGGGCAGCAUCAUAGUGUUUGUGGACAAACAAGAAAACGCCGACAGUUUACUCAAGGAUCUAAUGAAAGCUUCGUACUCUUGCAUGAGUUUACAUGGAGGGAUUGAUCAAUUCGACAGGGACUCGACCAUCGUCGACUUCAAGUCGGGCAAGGUGAAGCUGCUGGUGGCGACCAGUGUGGCGGCCAGGGGGUUGGAUGUGAAGCAACUGGUGCUGGUUGUCAACUACGACUGUCCGAAUCAUUAUGAGGACUAUGUGCAUAGAUGUGGCAGAACCGGCCGCGCGGGCAACAAAGGUUUCGCAUGGACGUUCCUCACGCCCGAACAGGGGCGGUACGCGGGCGACGUAUUGCGCGCGUUCGAACUGGCCGGCGCCGUCGCCCCGCCCGAGCUGCGCCAGCUGUGGGACAAGUACAAGGACGCGCAGGAGAAGGAAGGCAAGAAGGUGCACACGGGGGGCGGUUUCAGCGGGAAGGGGUUCAAAUUCGACGAAUCCGAAGCACAAGCGGCCACCGAAAAGAAGAAAUACCAGAAGGCGGCGCUCGGACUCCAGGACUCCGAUGACGAGGACGUUGAGGGCGACCUCGACCAGCAGAUCGAAACCAUGCUUGCUGCCAAGAAAAUUGUCAAGGAAAUCAAGCCGGGCGUAGCGACUCCCGGUAUUCCGGCCGCAGGCGCCACCACAGCCGGAACUGACGGCAAGCUAGAACUGGCUAAAAGAUUAGCUUCAAGGAUCAAUCUCGCUAAAGGACUGGGCGCGGAACAGAAAGGAGCCACGCAACAAGCCGCCGAAGCUAUUCUGAAGGGCGCGCCUUCCGCACACACAUUGAUCACGGCGAAAACCGUAGCUGAACAGUUAGCGGCGAAGUUGAAUACGCGUCUGAACUAUCAACCGCGCGACGAAAGCGCCUCCGAGCCCGCUGAGGAGGUGUUCAGAAAAUACGAAACUGAACUCGAGAUCAACGAUUUCCCGCAACAAGCACGAUGGAGAGUCACUAGCAAGGAGGCCUUGGCGCUUAUCAGUGAAUACAGUGAAGCGGGCAUCACUGUCCGCGGAACGUACGUUCCUCCAGGCAAGACCCCUCCAGAAGGCGAAAGAAAGCUGUACUUAGCCAUAGAGAGUUCUCAAGAACUGGCCGUAGCGAAAGCCAAGUCGGAAAUCACUAGACUCAUCAAGGAGGAACUACUUAAGCUGCAGACUUCCGCUCACCACAUGAUAAACAAGGCUAGAUAUAAGGUCAUUUAACGUGAUGGAAUAUAGAUUGAUGAUGUAAUUUAUUGUUUUAUUGGUACAUACAUAGCAAUGACCUAUUAAUAUAAUAAGUUUUCUCAAAUAUACUUGGAAAUUUGAGCAUUAUUU